UGUUGCUGGCAUUACGUACCGGGACAUCUUGAGGUCUGCCAGCUACGCAUAACUGCACGAAUUCCACACGGCACCACAUCGCUGGAACAGCAAGUCAGACUUAGGUCUCCACACACGAAGAAGGAGAACUGACGCCUCGAAGCGAAGAUGACGGACUCCAAAUAUUUCACCACUACCAAGAAAGGGGAGAUCUUUGAGCUGAAGGCGGAGCUGAACAGCGACAAGAAGGAGAAGAAGAAGGAGGCGGUGAAGAAGGUCAUCGCCUCCAUGACUGUGGGCAAGGAUGUGAGCGCCCUGUUCCCAGAUGUAGUGAACUGCAUGCAGACUGACAAUCUGGAGCUCAAGAAACUGGUCUACCUGUACCUAAUGAAUUAUGCCAAGAGCCAACCAGACAUGGCCAUCAUGGCUGUCAACACCUUUGUCAAGGACUGCGAGGACCCCAACCCCCUGAUCCGGGCGCUGGCCGUGCGCACCAUGGGCUGCAUCCGCGUGGACAAGAUCACCGAGUACCUGUGCGAGCCACUGCGCAAGUGCCUGAAGGACGAGGACCCGUACGUGCGGAAGACGGCGGCCGUGUGCGUGGCCAAGCUGCACGACAUCAACGCCCAGCUGGUGGAGGACCAGGGCUUCCUGGACACGCUCAAGGACCUCAUCUCUGACUCCAACCCCAUGGUGGUUGCCAAUGCGGUGGCGGCCCUCUCGGAGAUUGCCGAGUCCCACCCGAACAGCAAUCUGCUGGACCUGAACCCCCAGUCCAUCAACAAGCUGCUUACCGCCCUCAACGAGUGCACAGAGUGGGGGCAGAUCUUUAUCCUGGACUGUCUGGCCAACUACACCCCCCGUGACGACCGCGAGUCCCAGAGCAUCUGCGAGCGGGUGACCCCGCGUCUCUCCCACGCCAACUCGGCGGUGGUGCUGUCGGCGGUGAAGGUGCUGAUGAAGUUCAUGGAGAUGCUGCCCAAGGACCUGGACUACUAUGGCACGCUGCUGAAGAAGCUGGCCCCGCCGCUGGUCACCCUGCUGUCGGCCGAGCCCGAGCUGCAGUACGUGGCCCUGAGGAACAUCAACCUGAUCGUGCAGAAGCGCCCAGAGAUCCUGAAGCAUGAGAUGAAGGUGUUCUUUGUCAAGUACAAUGAUCCAAUCUAUGUCAAGCUGGAGAAACUGGACAUCAUGAUCCGACUGGCCUCCCAGGCCAAUAUUGCCCAGGUGCUGGCCGAGCUGAAGGAGUACGCCACAGAGGUCGACGUGGACUUCGUGCGGAAGGCGGUCCGGGCCAUCGGCCGCUGCGCCAUCAAAGUGGAGCAAUCUGCAGAACGCUGUGUCAGCACCCUGUUGGACCUCAUCCAGACCAAGGUCAACUAUGUUGUGCAGGAGGCCAUUGUGGUCAUAAAGGACAUCUUCCGCAAGUACCCCAACAAGUAUGAGAGCGUGAUCGCUACGCUGUGCGAGAACCUGGACUCCCUGGACGAGCCCGAGGCCCGUGCCGCCAUGAUCUGGAUCGUGGGCGAGUACGCCGAACGGAUCGACAACGCCGAUGAGCUGCUGGAGAGCUUCCUGGAGGGCUUCCACGACGAGAGCACGCAGGUGCAACUGCAGCUCCUCACCGCUAUAGUGAAGCUUUUCCUGAAGAAACCCACGGAAACCCAGGAGCUGGUGCAGCAGGUGCUCAGCCUGGCCACACAGGAUUCAGACAACCCGGACCUGCGGGACCGCGGGUACAUCUACUGGCGCCUGCUGUCCACCGACCCGGUGGCGGCCAAGGAGGUGGUCCUGGCGGAGAAGCCCCUGAUCUCGGAGGAGACGGACCUGAUCGAGCCCACCCUGCUGGACGAGCUCAUCUGCCACAUCGGCACCCUGGCCUCCGUCUACCACAAGCCCCCCAGCGCCUUCGUGGAGGGCAGCCGCGGCGUGCAGCACAAGAGGCUCCCGCCCCGCUCUGGCUCGGGCGAAAGCGCCGAGAGCCCAGAGGGGGCCCCACCCGCAGCGGGCUCCGUGACGGAGGCCGCCCCUUCCGUCAUCCCAUCCCAGGGUGACCUGCUGGGUGACCUGCUCAAUCUGGACCUGGGACCCCCCACCACGGGGGUCACCCCAGCCCCCACCUCUGCCAUGCAGAUGGGUGCCAUGGACUUGCUCGGCGGGGGUCUGGACAGCCUGAUGGGGGAGGAAUCAGAACCGCUCGGAGGAGAUAUCGGAGGGAGCCCGGCGAUGGGUGCCGGUUUUGGCGGGGCGCCUGCAGUCAUGCCAGCCUCCCUAAGUGCCCCCAUGGGGGGUGGACUGGGUGACUUGUUCGACCUCGGGGGAGGAGUGGGCAUGACGACUGGAGCCUACGUUGCUCCAAAAUCGGUCUGGCUGCCUGCCAUGAAGGCCAAAGGCCUCGAGAUCUCGGGCACUUUUGCACGGCGUGGGGGUGUCAUCCAGAUGGAGCUGUCCCUCACCAACAAGGCCAUGAGUGUCAUGACCGACUUUGCCAUCCAGUUCAACAGGAACAGUUUUGGGCUGGCUCCUGCUGGUCCCCUCCAGGUCCUCACGCCCCUCAGCCCCAACCAGACCAUCGAGGUCAGCCUGCCUCUUAGCACUGUAGGGCCAGUCAUGAAGAUGGAGCCCCUCAACAACUUGCAGGUGGCUGUGAAGAACAAUAUUGACGUCUUCUACUUCAGCUGCCAGUACCCCAUGAGCAUCCUGUUUGUGGAGGACGGCAAGAUGGAGCGUCAGGUAUUCCUGGCCACCUGGAAAGACAUUCCCAAUGACAACGAGGCCCAGUUCCAGAUCAAAGACUGCCACCUCAACUCAGACGCAGCCACCAACAAGCUGCAGAGCAGCAACAUCUUCACCAUUGCCAAGCGCACGGUGGAGGGCCAGGACAUGCUGUACCAGUCCAUCAAGCUCACCAACGGCAUCUGGGUGCUGGCAGAGCUCCGGGUGCAGGCCGGGAAUCCCAACUACACGGAUUUGGAGCUGUCUCUGAAAUGCAGAGCCCCGGAGGUCUCCCAGUUUGUCUUCCAGUGCUACGAGACCGUGCUGAAGAACUGAGCCGGAAGGGGGCUCCCGGACUGGGUGGGGGCGCCGGGGGGGGUUGGGGUCCGCUAAACAACUUACCCUAACAGCACCAUGCCGACCCCCUGCUAUCUGUCCAGCUUGCGCUCCCUUCCUCACUCUCGCCCUCCCCACCCUCCCUCCUCCUCUUUCCUGACCCAUAAGGUCCUGAAAAGCCUGGCCCCAUGUAGACAACCUCACAAAAGCCUGCUGUACACAGGAGGCACUUUUAAAGUCUCGUCUCUGCUUAAUCCACUGGCAAACCCCACUAUACCCCUGCUCUCCCCCCCCCCACCCCGUUGUGGGUCAUGAAACUACCCCGGUGGUGUACUCUAUUUUGCACUGCGGAGUGUUCUGACCUAAAAGCUUGUUCUGUCCUCCUGUCUGAAGUGAAGGAGGCUGACAUGUGUUGCCCCAUUAUUUAUUUGAAUACGUUCUUUGGUUUUCCAGUCCAGUUUGAUCUCUUAUAAUGAGGCAGUUGUUUGGGAGACUACUCGAUAUGAAGUUAAUCGCUGAGUCCCCAAAGACAGUGUGCCCCACCUUCUAAUGAACUCCUAAUGAACCAGGUGCUGCAUAAGGCUGUCUCAGCAGGGAACACUUGCAGAAGGCUGCACGCUGGCACCUUUUUUUUUUUUUUUUUUUGCAUGACUGUUUAUUUUUUUUCCCAUCAGGCAGUGCAGUGUUCCCUUCUGUUUAUACUGAUUUGAUUCUCAAUUGAAUAAUAAUUAACGUCAUUCCGUGAUUGUAGCCUCUGUAAAUUUCAUUUCUGUUUGGUUUCCAUAAUCUGCGGCUAAAUCGCUUAUCAGCACCCUAGACUCCUAUUGGAAAUUUGACUGCUCAGCUCCUGUU